AUGGAUGCAGAGGUUGAGAGAGCCAUCAGCUUUGCCGAGGAUGAGAAUGACGACAGCUACGAUGUCAGGAAGGAAAACCGAUUUGGUGAGGUUACGGUAAUAGAUAACGCAAAAGAUCUAAUUACGCACGUUCUUCAUGUGGACGACAAUCCAGAUGACUCUCCGUGGACAUUUCGCGCACUGACAAUUGGCCUCAUUUUGUGCAUUUUCGCGUCAGUGCUACAGGAGAUCUUCUAUUUCAAGCCCCAGGUCAUCUACGUGUCAGUUGUAUUCCUUACAGUGAUUGCAUACAUUUUGGCUUUACCAUUUCAUUUCAUCCCACGCCCGAGUGGUGAUGGCAUCAUAGCACGACUAUGUCGCUUUCUCAAUCCGGGCGAUUUCAAUUCCAAAGAGCACGCGUUCAUGGUGAUUAUGGGCUCUGCUGGCUCAACAUCUGCAGUAGCAACGCAGAUCCUUGCCGCUCAGCGACUCUAUUAUGGGUCAAACCCGAACCAAGGUGCUGCCAUCUUUCUCGUUAUUGCUUCACAGUUCCUGGCGUAUGGCAUCGCAGGUCUGCUUCGUACCGUCCUGGUGCAGCCAGCUAAGAUGUUAUGGCCAAUCAAUAUUCCCGUCAAUACACUAUUAGAGACGUUACACCGCGACAAAGCUGAGACCAAAAAACGGCUCAAAUAUUUCAGUAUAUUCUUUAGCGGUGCAUUUUUUUGGGAGAUCAUCCCAUUGUGGAUCGCACCAAUCUUUCAAGGCAUUUCGAUUCCUUGCUUGGCUCGGCAGGACAGCCUGGUGUAUACCAAUCUAUUUGGAGGAGCGCAGAACAACGAAGGCCUCGGUUUUCUUGGACUUUGCUUUGAUUGGAAUUACAUUGCCGGACUAAACUCGCCUCUUUGGUAUCCGCUCUAUACGCUGGUCAACAGCUUGACAGGAUAUUUGAUAUGUAUUGUCCUAUUCAUGGGAGUUUACUACGGCAACGUGUGGCGAUCUAUGGAUUUCCCAUUCUUGUCGCAGCUACUAUACGACGGGUCGUCUAAUUCCACUAACUUUGUCGAGUACAACCUCACGGUUGUUCUCAACCAUGACAACACAAUUAAUAGCACGCUCGUUGCCGAUCAAGGAUUCCCCUUUCUAUCUGGAUCAUAUGUGGUUUAUCUAAUCACAACAAAUCUUGGCAUUACUGCUGCCAUUGUUCAUAUGCUACUCUGGAAUUAUGGCGACAUCAAGGAGGGGUGGGCUUUUUUGCGCCCGUCUAAUUUGCGAAAACUCACAAACGCUUCAACUUAUAUGUUCUGGCGGAAGCAGAGCAGUGAAUACGAACAAAAUCGGCGGCAGCAGGCCAUUGCCAACGAUGAAGUGGAUCCACACUACAAGCUGAUGAUGCAAAACGGGUAUGCCGAGGUGCCGAAUUGGUGGUAUGGGCUCGUUCUUGUACUAUCAUUUGUCAUCGGCAUCAUAACCCUUUAUUCGAUCAAGUCAACACUGCCUUGGUGGGCUUUUAUUGUAUCGAAUAUAUUUGCCGCACUUUUUAUCCUCUUCUUUGGAGCGCAGAUGGGCCUCACUGGAUUCCAGUUCAACCAACAGCCUGUCAUUCAAAUGUUGAGCGGCUAUCUAUUGCCUGGAAAGCCCUUGGCCAACAUGUACUUCACUGUAUUUGGAUUCAACGGCAUCCAACAAGGUCAGUGGCUGCUGCGCGAUCUAAAAUUGGCUCAGUUGGCGCAUUUACCGCCCAAAGCGACCUUUACAGCCCAAAUGCUGGGCACAAUUAUCGGAGCCAUCAUGGACUACGUGAUGAUGGUCAGUAUUGUGGACAACCAGACAAGCACUUUGCUGUCUAUAGAUGGCACCAAUAUCUGGUCCGGUCAAAAUGUGCAGUCGUAUAACACGCUGGCGGUAGCUUGGUCACUAGCUAAGAAUAUGUUCUCGGUUGGUAGCCAAUACCAAUGGGUCACAUUGUCGUAUUUGCUCGGAUUCGCAGCACCCAUUCCGUUUUGGUUGGCUUGGAAACUAACUAAGCGCGAGUUUUUCCGCGAUGUGAACACAUCGAUCAUCAUUUGGUAUAGUGGUGUGCUUUGCGUCGGCGUCAACUCAUCACUCCUCAUGUUUUUCGGCCUUGGAAUAUUUGCCCAAUUUUACCUCCGGCGCUUUCACCCUGGACUUUUCAUUAAAUACAACUACCUAAUCUCUGCCGCCCUGGAUGGCGGUACACAAGUAAUGGUAUUCAUCCUCAGCUUUGCUGUUUUGGGUGCCAGCGGGACACAAUACAACUUUCCCACUUACGCUCUCAAUAACGGUGGAACAAACAAUAACAAAAACAUCGACUACUGCAUGUUUAAUGCCGCAGACGGUGCUUAG